GUGCGCGCCGUCGCACGAUAGUGACGUCGCGCUUUUGGUUUCAGUCAGUCAUGUUCGUGCCGGUGGAAUCAGAGCGGGAUAUCCCAGCGGAAUGUACCCUUUUGCUGCCAGCUGUAUCCGUGGGAAAUGUCGGCCAGCUAGCCAUCGAUUUGGUCAUCUCCACGCUGAAUAUGCCAAAGGUCGGCUAUUUUUACACAGACUGCCUCGUGCCCAUGGUGGGAAAUAACCCUUACGCAACCAACGAGGAAAAUGCAAAGGAGCUUAGUACAAAUGCUGAAGUGUAUGCUUUGCCGACCAGAAAACUUGUUGUCCUUCAGCUCAGAUCACCAAUCAUAAAGAAAAAAUCGAAAUCAUUUCGCCAGGCUCUGAUUUGCUGGAUUAAAAGGUGUUCGUUCACCAAAGUGGUUCUCCUAUCAAGCAGCCACGCGUACCAGAGAGUUGACCAGCAACUGUUUGGAGCUCCAUUCCGCUACCUGUUGACUCCCGUCUUACAAAGGUCUGUGGCAGAUGUUGUACAGGAGCUAGAGUGGAAGGAAAUGGAAAAAGUGUCUUCUUAUCCGGGGAUAAAUGACGACGAGAAAAAAAUUUCUGUCCCUGGUGGUGGUUUUACAAAGCACUUGUAUGACGACUGUUGUUUAGAAGAAAUACAGCUUGCUGUUGUGCUAAAGUUCUGUUCAGAAGGUGAUAACAUCCCUGACGCCUUUGCACUUCUCAACCAUGUGAAUGAGUGGCUCAAACUGGUGGAACACUCUGAUGGGGAUUUGUCUGUUAAGUGGAAGAUACCGAGCUCAUGGAGAUUGUUGUUUGGUAGUGGUCUACCACCCACUCUCUUUUAACGAAGGAAAAAUCUGAAGCCCCUGGUAAUUUGGCACCUGCGGGCCUUGACUGCUUUCUCUGAAUGAUUUGUGAGGCAACGCAGUGUAAUUGGAGGUAUAAAUUUAAAUGACAGUUAUGAGAUCACA